AUGCUGCUUCACUCAGUGGCCCUCACUCUCCUCGCAACUCUGGCCACCGCCGCUCCCGCCGCGAACCCCCUCAUUAACAACAAUGACGCCGCUUCUGGAGCAGCCCGUACUCCAGAGGUUGCUGCUCGAGACUCGGUGGAGCCCUUCGACAGCACAGGCAUCUCGAUCCGUUGCUACGACGGUCUCGACUGCACCGGCGACAUUGUCUUUACGUCAGGAGACUGGAAUGGGAUCAAACCGGGCUGGUCGUACUCUUGGGGCUUCCAGCAUGACUCGGACCGGCGGGUCAGCUGCCGCUUCGACACCUGGAACGACUUGAAGGCCAGCUUUUGGGUGUCGGCCUAUUGGAUCGAUCACGUCGUAUCCCAGGCAACCUACUCUGAAGGCUGGGGUCAGAGUUGCGUCAAUCAGUUGGAAAACACCACCGAGAGCCUGGGCAACAUCGAGAAGAUCGCGGUUCUCUUCCGUAACCCCAAUUGA